UUUUCUGUUUGUUCUGUCGUUGUUUUGUUGGUUUCGUUCAUUAUGUCCGGACGUGGAAAGCAAGGAGGCAAAGCUCGCGCUAAGGCCAAGACGCGCUCCUCUCGAGCUGGUCUGCAGUUCCCCGUGGGGCGAGUGCACCGCCUGCUCCGUAAGGGCAACUAUGCCGAGCGGGUGGGGGCCGGCGCGCCGGUCUACCUGGCGGCGGUGCUGGAGUACCUGACGGCCGAGAUCCUGGAGCUGGCGGGCAAUGCGGCCCGCGACAACAAGAAGACGCGCAUCAUCCCGCGCCACCUGCAGCUGGCCAUCCGCAACGACGAGGAGCUCAACAAGCUUUUAGGGCGCGUGACCAUCGCUCAAGGCGGUGUUCUGCCAAAUAUUCAGGCAGUGUUGCUGCCCAAAAAGACUGAGAGCCAUCACAAGGCUAAGGGCAAGUGAAGCGUUUUACAGUGUUGUAGCCUCAGUUUGGGAAAUAAAAGGCUCUUUUCAGAGCCACACACUUAUUUUGGAAAGCGCUGCAAUACUUAAGCCUAGG